AUGAAUAAUAUUGAAAGUUCGUUCGCGAAACGCUUGACAGCGGAUAGAAACAAUGACCAAGGCGAGGCUAUUCAUGCUGAUUACCCUCUUGAGAAAAUAAUUAUACGCAAGGCUAAACCGAAACCUAACACUAAACACAAAGGUCAAAGACAAACGCAAACAAGAGACCGUGACGAACUUUUGUGCCCAAACAAUGAGUGCCAACAGAACAAAGCCAGAACUGAAGCCGUUGUGAGCCCUGGCAAUGUGACGCCAGACGAGGGAAAACAAUAUCAACAAACUAAACCCCAACAAUCAGAAAACCUGUACAUAAAACCCAAGAAUUGGAUAAGUUAUUUACCGCUUUUGGAAACGCCAAUACAUAAACAUGUACAAGUGAACAAUAGCGAUAGUGUAUUUCAAAACGAUCAAAUAGAACCUCAGUCGUCUAAGUCGCCAACCAAGCCACCAUUGAAUAAAUAUACUUCGAGUGGGAAACCAAGCAUCGAUAAGAAAAGGAGAAAAGUGAAUAAGGAAAAUAUCCUUUCUUUUGGGAACAAGCGCAGUUACAUCAAUCACCAGUUUCAUUCUCGGAAUCACUACCCUCCCUUUCGGAAACACCGUCGAGAUCGAUAUUUGAAUUAUUUACCAUCUUACCAAGAUCUGACGAAAGACUGGCUGAAUUAUCUACACUUAGUUCGUCAGAACUCGAUGACUUAACCACUAUUCCUAAUAUGAUUGACGACCCUCCCCCCCCCCCCUUUAAGACGAUAAUAGAUCAAAGAACUAUUCCGACCAUAAUUUCAAACCGUAUUAAAAGAGUAAACUGUAGUAAUAUAGUACGCAGAUUAAAUUUAAUUAAAGUCCUUUUGAGCGGAAAAUAUAGAGGAUCAACUUCGCGCUUGCCACGUAUUCUACUCUGUAACGCACAUGCGUUGUGGCCUAAAAUAGAUGAACUGGCUGCUACCUUGGAUGCCAUGAGGACUGAUGUGGCUGCGAUAACGGAAACCUGACUGCAUGGUGGGCUAGAUGAUAGCCUUGUUAAUAUUGGAGGUUAUAUAUUACACCGAAGAGACAGGUCUGGUGGUCGUGGUGGAGGUGUGUGUUUAUAUGUUUUCCAUAGUAUUCAUUCCAAACGUAGAUCCGACCUCGAAAAUCUUCUUUACGAAUGCAUGUGGGUAAACCUCAGGCCACGUCGUUUACCACGGCGUAUGACAAAUAUGAUGUUUGGUGUCAUCUACAUUCCCCCUGGUAAAUCAGCAGAAGAAUUAAAAGAUCUUAUUCAGUAUAUUGUGGACACUGCCGACCAUGUACGUUCUAGCCAUCCAGAUUGUGGUUUUGCUAUCAUGGGUGACUUCAACAGACUAAAUAUAUCUGACAUUUUGUUACACCAUGAUUUCAAACAAGUGGUUGAAUCUCCUACCCGCAGUACAAUAGUGUUGGACUUAAUAAUAACGGAUUUCAAUAGUUUCUAUAAUAAGCCAGAAACCAUUGCACCGUUAGGAUCUAGUGAUCAUAAUGUCAUAACCUGGAACCCAGUAAUGCCCCAUGACGGACAUCGUACAGGAGACCGAACUGAAAAUAACAAACGCCGUUUGAGGCGUUUUAGACAGCAACGUUUCAGUUGACAGAAUGACAGGGUCUUUUAUGCAUGACCUUACUGCCGCUGUAGAUGCUUUCUUCCCGACAAAGACUGUGAUAAGCCAUGGACAAAGACUGAUAAGCCAUGGAUGAAAUCAUCGAUUAAGUUGUUAAUCUUAAACAGACAACGUGCUUUCCACUCGGGGAUGAAUGAUCGAUGGAAGCAUCUGAGAAAUAAGGUACGGAAAACUAUACUCCAAAGGAAAGAAACUUUCUACGUGAAAAAAUUCAUAACCUUAAAGGCACCAACCCACGCAAGUGGUGGAACAUUAUUAAUAAAAUUUCAGGUAGAUCUGUGAAUUCUACUCCGAUCAGUUACGAGGAUGAGGCUGGACAUGUGAUGUCUGGGAUUAAUUUAGCCAAACGUUUGAAUAAAUUUUAUAUUUCGGCUACGUCUGAUCUUUUACCAUUGGACAGAAAGUUCAGAAACAACUUACCGGCCUAUCUGCCGGUUCAAUAUGAACUGCCGGGGAUAAGAUCAAGCGAGGUGUGCAAAAAACUGUCUGAGAUGAACGCUUUCAAAUCUGUUGGACCUGACGGCAUCCCGAAUCGUAUCUGGAAAAGCUUUGCCCCUGAACUUUCCCUACCCAUAACGGAAAUUUUUAACGCGUCCUUUUCCGCCUGCAUCUUUGAAAGAUUCUUUUAUAUCCCCUAUACCUAAAGCCACCCCAGUAACGGCCAAUGGAGACAUUAGACCUAUUUCCCUCACUCCAUGUAUUGCAAAGAUUCAGGAGGAUUUUGCACUAAAAUGGCUGACUGAAGACGUCCGACAUAAAAUUGACCCACAGCAGUUCGGUUCGGUUCCCUUAAAGACUCUUCAACCACCUAUUGCCUUCUGGACAUGUUCGAAAAUUGGCUCUCGUCAUUAGAUCAACCGGAUCAUUAUCUAAGGAUUUGUUAUUUGGACUUUAGCAAAGCAUUCGAACACAUUGAUCAUAACGUUUUAGUGAAGAAAUUGAUCGAUCUUGGUGUGAGGGGAUCAUUAAUUGCCUGGCUUUGUAGUUUUCUUAGUGACCGACGUCAAGCUGUUAAGCUCAAUUCUCUCAUUUGGACUGGGAACUUUGCCGUGCUGGCAUUCCACAGGGGACAAAACUUCGACCGAUUGUUUGCUAUAACGAUUAACAAUCUCGCAGUCAAAUUCCCACUUAUAGCAGAUCAUUGGAAGUUUGUCGAUGAUGUGACAUUGUCAGAAGUAGUUAAGACUGAAUCAAUUUCCGUUUUACAGACCAAUCUCGAUACUAUUUCGGCAUGGGCGAAAGAUAACAACAUGAAUAUCAACCCCAAGAAAUGCAAAGAGAUGGUGGUUUGCCCACUAAAGCAUACGCCUGAUUUAGCACCACUGUUGCUAAAUGAAGUCCCAUUAGAUAAAGUAGUAUCUCACAAAGUACUUGGCAUGACCAUAAUGGACAAUUUAAAGUGGAUAAAAACACCAACGAAAUAA